AUGGUGCGAUACGCUUUCUUUCCCGGGUGCGUCUCUCGCGGGGGCGCUCCAGAGCUGUACCAGUCCACGAUUGCCGUUGCGGGGCGCAUCGGCAUUGAGUUGGAGGAGAUAGAGGGCUGGUCCUGCACGGGCUCCGGCGCGCUGCAGGAGAGCAACCCGCUGCUCGGCGACACGCUGAACGCCCGCAACUUCGCCCUCGCGCAGCAGACGGGGCUGCCCAUCAUGACGAUCUGCAGCACCUGCCAGGGCGUGAUGGCGCAGGCCAAGGUGAAGCUGGAGAACGAAGAGUACCGCGCCCAGAUCAACGCGCUGCUGGCGGAAGAGGGGCUGGAGUACACGGGCGGCAUCCAGAUCAAGCACAUGCUCUGGGUCAUGGUUGAGGACAUCGGGCUGGAGCACAUCAAGUCGCUGGCCGUACGGUCGCUGGACGGCGUCUUCCUGGCGCCCUUCUACGGCUGCUACAUCGUGCGGCCCUCGGCGGCGCUGGAGUACGACGAGCACCCGCAGCGCAAGGUGGCGCUGGAGCUCGUCAUCGAGGCGCUCGGCGCGACGGCCGUCGACAACGAGGGCAAGACGCGCGACCUGGGCGCCGACGCCAUGGUCACGCCCUGCCCGCUGUGCCAUCUGAACUUGGACGGCUUCCAGUCCAAGGCGGCCAGGCAGGUGGGGCGCCAGAUCAACGUGCCCAUCCUGCACCUGCCGCAGCUCAUCGGCGCGGCGCUGGGGAUGGAUGCGCCCACGCUGGGGCUGAACCGCCACAUCGUUUCCUCGUUCGACGUAGCGCUCAAGAUGGGCAUCCGGGUCUAG